AUGAGUGCCACAAAGGCGCAGUCUCAAAAGAUCUUUGAGAAGGCCAAGCUGAAGCCCGCGAACAAGGUGUGCUUCGACUGCGGCACUAAGAACCCGACAUGGUCUUCAGUUCCAUUCGGUAUCUACCUAUGCCUUGAUUGUUCGGCUCACCACCGUAAUCUCGGCGUGCACAUCUCCUUUGUUCGAUCAACAAACCUCGACCAGUGGCAAUGGGAGCAACUGCGAGUGAUGAAGGUUGGUGGAAAUGAGUCUGCGACCAAGUAUUUCCAAUCGCACGGAGGUUCUGCUGCGCUGGCAAGCAAGGACACCAAGGUCAAAUACACAUGCAAUGCGGCCGUCAAGUAUAAGGAGGAACUCAAGAGGCGCGCUGCGCUGGAUGCGCAACAGUACCCUGGAGAAGUCGUCAUCACAGAUGUCCCCGCUGGCACUCCUUCAGAUGGCUCGAACACCCCUGCUGGCGACGGUGAGGACGAUUUCUUCUCCUCUUGGGACAAGCCCUCGAUCAAGCGCCCGAGCAACCCCCCAUCGCGCACUAGUACUCCCCCCGUCGUCAGCCGGAACAGCUCUCCUUUCCUGAACGCCGGUGCCAACUCAAACGGAUCCCGCUCGAAAUCUCCUUUGUCUUCUUCGGAAGAAAAGAGCACCUCUCCCGCGCCGUCUGCUAUCCGGCCCACCAGUGUUACCCGGAAGACCUCUACAGCUAGCGCUGCAAAGAAGGGCAGUGUCCUCGGUGCCAAGAAGGCACCCAAGCUCGGAGCUAAGAAGGUUGCUGCUGCGGAUAUCAUUGAUUUCGAGGAGGCAGAGCGCAAGGCCAAGGAAGAGGCUGAGCGCAUUGAAAAGCUUGGCUACGACCCCGAGGCUGAGCAGGCGGAAGCCGAGGCCAAGAAGGCCGCCACUACUGCCGCUGUCCCAAUCGCUUCUCCUAUCCCAGUCAGCCCUGCUGGCAAGGCUAAUGAUAGAAACUCGGGUGAUGUGGAGCGACUAGGCAUGGGUGUGAGCAGACUUGGCUUUGGCCAGGUGUCGAAGCCCGUUGCCCCCAAGAAGCCAACCUUUGGUUCUGUUGGCCCUGCCAAGCCCAACCCUGCUGAUGAGGCGGAACUCACCCAGACCAGAACCCGAUUCGGCACUCAGAAGGGUAUCUCGUCCGAUGAAUUCUUCGGACGGGAUCGUUUUGAUCCCGCUGCCCAGUCGGAGGCCAAGGAUCGUCUCCGCCAAUUCGAUAGCGCUACAUCCAUUUCCAGCAACUCCUACUUCGGCCGGCCCGAGGAUGAACUUAACUCACUUGACGAUGGUUAUGGUGAUAUGGAGGUUGCCGCUAAAGAUUUCAUUCGCCGCUUUGGUAUCACAGCUGGAGAUGAUCUUGAGAACCUGUCGCAUCUUGUCGGCGAAGGUGCAACUAAACUACAAGGUGCCAUCCGCAACUAUCUGAACAACUAG